AUGCCUGAUCAAUUGUGGGUUCUUACGUGUGUUGCUUGUGGAGAACAACACUUGACAGAGGACUUGCUUAUUCUGCUUGUUGAUCACGGAGUGAGACUUUUACUUGUCAUGCGCUUGAAUUUUAAAUUGCAUGUUUGCUUGGAUGAACUCGACCAGCCACGUUUGAUAUGUGGCUUGCGCGUGCUAGUUUUAUUUUGCUUCUUCCCACUCUUUCGUGUGCAGGUGUUCACUGUUUUGCCAAGACUUGCCAUGAUGUCUAUUAAUCCAUCAUCCAUAAUCAGGGACCAUCUUUACUCCACGGAUGACAGGUUAAAGAGAGGGAGGCCCCCUCCUUUGCUUAAAGGUACCGAUGAAGACAUAAUUAUUGAUGGAGAGCCAGUGCCCGAGGUGACUCCAAUAAUUGAUCCUGCAUCCGUAUCAAGGUGUUGUAUAGAGAGAGGCCUAUUUCCAGCAGUCCCCUUGUUCUUUCAGUAUCCAUGCGGCACCAGCAAGGGUUGGUCAGAGUGGGUUGAUCGGGAGUUGAAGAAUCCGUCUACCUGUGACAUCCUAAGCCGGGCAGGGGUGCUGGAUGCCAUCUUUAUUUCUAAGGCUUACGAAAUCCAUAUUAAAGCCCGGAUGCUUCGACACAUGGUUAGGCGAUGGAGUACUGAGACACAUACCUUUAUUUGUUCAUGGGGAGAGUUUACCCCCACGCUUGAGGAUGUAGCCACCAUUUUCCACCUUCCACUUUGCGGCAGCUAA